AUGUAUAUCCUUUUUUCCUUUCUUUCCCUUCUCCUAGCCGCCCAUCUCACCACAGCAAUCCCAUACAGCAAAUACAUCCUCGCGCCCUCAAAUCGAACCCUCCACCCAGCCUCCAUCCACCGAAUCAACGGCACAAUAACCAACGCGUCCUCGCUACUCUCCAAUUCCUCCACGACCGGCCACGCAACCUUCCACCCCAACUCCUCCAUCACAUUCGACUACCUCCAAAACAUCGCCGGCGUUGUCAGCGUCACCGUCCUCAGCUCCACAUCACCAGAUGCCUUCAUCGGGCUCACGUACACGGAAUCCAGUCUCUGGAUCAACAAGCAAGCCAGCGACGCCACCGCUCCUGCGGGUCUCGACGAAGUUCUCUGGCUGCCGGUGGGGAAGGGACCCGGCACCUACACGGUGGAGCGGUGGCAUGAGCGCGGCGCUUUUCGGUAUUUGACGCUGGUUAAUAAUGGGAGUGCGAGUGUGGUGGUCGAGAGCGUGGUGACGAAUUUUACUGCUGCGCCGUUGCAGGAUUUGAGGGAUUAUAAGGGGUAUUUUCAUUGUGAUGAUGAGCUUUUGAAUCGGAUUUGGUAUGCUGGUGCUUACACAAACCAACUUUGCAACAUCGAUCCUUAUCACGGGGACGCGCAGGUUCAUUUCGGCGAUAUUACAUUCAACGAGACGAUCAACCUCCCACAGACCAAUACGUGGUAUAACAACAUCACCAUCACACAGGGCGGGAGCUGUACCGUCGAUGGCGCGAAACGAGACCGUCUCGUUUGGGCCGGCGACAUGGCUGUGUCCAUGCCCAGCAUAUUCGUCAGCACCAACGAUCUGGGCGCUGUUAAGAAUUCGCUCGACUCGCUGCUUGCGUUGCAGAAUGCUAGUACGGGGAUGUUUCCUUAUGCCGGGUAUCCGUUUAAUGAGUUUGGGAUUGUGAGUUUUACGUACCAUUUGUAUACGUUGAUUGCGGUGUCGAAUUACUAUCAUUUCUCUGGGGAUCUGGAAUAUCUGCAGAAUAACUGGGGUCGCUUUACUCGCGGUCUAGCGUGGUCGUUGAGUUACAUCGAUGAUACUGGCCUCAUGAACGUAACAGCCCCCGCCGACUGGCUGCGCGUUGGAAUGGGCGGUCAUAACAUCGAAGCAAACGCCAUCCUCUACUCCACCCUAACCCGCGGCAUCACCCUCGCAACCCUCCUAAACGACACAACGUCCAUCUCAACCUGGACCCCCCUCGCCACCAAACUAAAAACAGCAGCAAACGCCCUCCUCUGGUCCCCCACCACAACCCUCUACCACGACAACGAAACCACCACUUUGUCCCCCCAAGACGGAAACACCUGGGCCAUCCUCUCAAACCUGACCUUAUCCUCGCAGCAAAACAGCCAAAUAUCCACCGCGCUCUCCACCCGCUGGGGUCCCUACGGCGCUCCCGCGCCCGAAGCCGGGUCCCCGGUUACCAUCUCCCCGUUUAUAUCCUCCUUUGAACUCGAAGCUCAUUUCCUGUCCUCUAACCCUCUUGCCGCAUUAGAAUUAAUGAGACGCUCAUGGGGAUUCAUGCUCACGGACCCACGGAUGACGAACUCGACGUUUAUAGAAGGGUUUUCGGCGGAUGGAACGCUGAAAUAUGCGCCGUAUAGUAAUGAUGCGAGUGUGUCGCACGCGCAUGGGUGGGGGACGGGUCCUACUUCGUUUCUGAGUUUUUAUGUGGCUGGGAUAAGGAUUUUGGGUGCGGGCGGAGGGGAGUGGAGGGUUGAGCCGCUGGUGGGGGAUUUGGGGGUGGUGGAGGCGGGGUUUUGGACUGGAAAAGGAUGGUUUGAGAGUCGGGUACAGGCGAGGAAUGGGAUGGUUGUUGGGAUGGAGGUUUGUGCGCCGGCGGGGACGAGGGGGAGUGUGAGGUUGCUGGGGGUGGUGGGGUUAUUAAGGAGUGAGAAGGGAGAGGAGGUAACGUUGGUUGAUGGGCUGGCGGAGGGGUUGGGAGGUGGGAAUUGGACGUUGGUUUUGGCGUAG